AUGGCAGAUGCUAAGAUUUUGACUGAACUUGACGAUGAUAAUCGUGAUGGACAUUGUUUCGGAUUUUUCCAUCGAAAAAGUCGAAAUCAGAGUUUAUUAUUGGAAAGACCAAUGAAGGACAAAGAAUUAGAACAUGGUAAACAUGAAAAUAUUGAGUUUGCAUUUGGAUCUAUGCAAGGCUAUCGAUUAUCAAAUGAAGAUAUGCACAAACAUUUAUUAGAAUUUGAUAAUCAAUUUUGGAAACUCUGGUCCUACUUUUCAAUAUUCGACGGACAUAACGGUAUUGAUGCGGCCAAGCAUGCCUGUGAUCGUCUCGACAAACAAUUGUUAACUUCGUUAAAUCAUUUAUUGACAAAGCAUGACAAUUCGUCCUAUGAUUCUUCUGAGUCAAUAAAUUUUGACAUUGAAGAAUUUAAGAGUGCAAUCAAAGAAACGUAUUAUAAGCUAGAUGAAGAGUUGAGAAGUGUGAUACAAGAUCAAAGUGGUUCUGCUUGUAUCACUUGUUUAAUUGGUCCAGAACAAAUAUAUUUGGUUAAUAUUGGCGAUUCUCGUGCAUUACUUGUAUCAAAAGAUGGACAUAUAUUGAGGACAACUAAAGAUCACAAACCGGAUGAUGAAGAGGAACUAAAACGAAUUGAGGAUGCCGGUGGUAAAGUUCAAAGGAAUACUGGUGAUGUGCCACGUGUCGAAAAUUUACUUGCGAUAACUCGUGUACUUGGUGAUUUUAUAUUAAGUAAAGAAAUAGUACCACCGAUGGCCGAUAUUAUUGAAUAUCCACGAAGCUCAGACGAGGAACGUGUGGAAUUUAUUGUGCUCGCCUGUGAUGGCGUAUUUGAUGUGAUGACAAACGAAGAUGUAGGACAAUUUAUUAUUAAACAUCUAAAACAAAAAUCAUCAAAUUUAAAAAAAUUAUGUGUACAACUAUUAGAUGAAUGUUUAAAACGGAACAGUACAGACAAUAUGAGUGUGUACAUCAUUCGUUUAAAUGAUAACAAUGAAUAUGAGGAAGCAUAUUCACCGUUAAAACAUCAUCAUCACUUAUUUCAUCACCAUCAUCAUCUAAAAGAUCAGCAUCACGAUUGA